GCUUACGUCAGCAAGCAUCUGAGGAGAACAACAUUGUGGCCGGCGGCGGGGACGUGUGGAGUGGGGCCGCGCCGAUGUCCGACGUUGCGGCCGUAGCGCCCGAGCGAGUCACGGGCUGGGGUCCGGCCGUCCACUGAGCUCCGAGCUCCGGUAUCGUCGUCACAGAGGGGUCGAGGGAGGAGAGGGGCGUUUCAGGGCACACGGAGCCGAGCGCUGGCGCGUCGGCUUGUAAACAGAUGCUGACACGUGAUGCGGAGAGUCCGCAUUGUCUCGGAGAUCUUUCUGGAGAACGACGACAACAACAACAGCAACAACAAGCAGCAAAGGGCUACCGUCGUGUGAGAGCCGCGGCGCCGGUGGCGCACGGACAGUGCCGCAGCCGCCCACCGCGGAUCUGGAUGCUGGGGCACUCUCGGCUGCUGGCGGAGGGAGGAGGAGGAGGUGGAAGCGUUUCGACCAAGAUGGCUGGUCCAGCUCCAAACUUCUAACGGAUGUGGAUUUUAUUGCCUUAUUUUCGAGCCUCGGAGGGAAUAAACGAUGUCGUUCGCCGUGGAGGACAACUUGGAGUCCGACUGGGUGGCCGUUCGACCCAACGCUUUCGACGAGAAGGAAAAACACAAGUUUGUUUUCAUUGUGGCUUGGAAUGAAGUGGAAGGAAAGUUUGCCAUAACGUGUCAUAACAGGACGGUGCAGAGGAAGAAAAUUGGGGCCAGGGACUACUGUUCAAGAGGGGAAGAUGAGACCCAGAUGCCACAAGAUGUUUUGGUCAGGAGUCCAGUUCGAGGGUCUGCUGGGAUCAAGAGUCCAGCUCGAAAGGGGGUUGGGGUCAGGAGGCCAGCCCGAGGAGGGACCAGUAGCAAGAGUUCAUCUCCAGGAGAAACUGGGGCCAAGAGUCUAGGGGCUGCUGAGAUUAAUUUGGAGGAUGGCAAAGUGAUAGAUUCUACCCUUAAUCAAGUUUCUGAUAAAGUGGACGAUAGAGUCCAGGACCAAGAUAAAUAUAGUGUGGCCCCAGAUGACAGCAGUUGGGCUGGACUGUUCUCCUUCCAGGAUUUGAGGUCUAUCCAUCAACAACUUUGUGCUGUAAAUUCAGAGUUGGAGCCUUGUUUACCAGUAUUUCCUGAAGAGCCUUCAGGGAUGUGGUCAGUGCUGUUUGGAGCCUCUGAAGUGAUUGAUGAAGAAAUGGAUGUGCUUUGCUUACAGCUUCAAGUUUACCUUGGCCAUGCUCUGGAUAUUUGUGGAUGGAAAAUCCUCUCUCAUCUCUUGUUUACUGAAAAUGAUAACCCAGAUGAGUAUUAUGAAAGUUUGAGUGAGCUGAGGCAAAAAGGAUAUGAAGAGGUACUGCAGAGAGCGAAGAAACGAUUACAGGAGCUGCUGGAGAAACACAAGAUUACAGAUGUUAUGGUGGAACUGCUAGAACUAUACCAAGAAGAAGAUGAUGCUUAUGCUGCUUUAUCAGAAGCAACCACAGAACUCUAUCAGUAUCUACUGCAGCCUUUCAGAGAUAUGAGAGAAUUGGCCAUGCUGAGACGUCAACAGAUAAAGAUCUCACUGGAGAAUGAUUAUCUUGGCCCACGCAGAAUUGAAAGUUUGAAGAAAGAAGAUUCUGAUUGGCAAAGAAAAGCACAGAGAGCUGUACUGUCUAUACAGGAUUUGACAGUGAAGUACUUUGAGAUCACAGCCAAAGCUCAGAAAGCUGUAUACGAUCGGAUGCGUGCUGACCAGAAGAAAUGUGGGAAGGCAGCCUGGGCCAUGGCAGUAGAGAGGAUGGAAAAACUUCAAUAUGCAGUUGCAAAGGAAACUCUGCAGCUCAUGCGAGCAAAGGAGAUCUGUUUGGAGCAGAAAAAGCGGACACUUAAGGAUGAAAUGCAAAGUCUUCAGAAUAGCACAGAUGCCAUUGCACGGCUGGACUGGCUGGAAGCUGACUAUUAUGAUGUGCAGCUUCAGUUGUAUGAGGUGCAGUUUGAGAUCCUAAAAUGUGAGGAACUACUGUUAACAGCACAACUUGAAAGUAUUAAGAGGCUUAUUACAGAGAAACGAGAAGAAGUUGUUUACUAUGACACCUACGAAAGCAUGGAAGCCAUGAAAGCAACAGAAGACAUGGCAUCAUCAGUGCUCCCACAGAAAGUGGAACUGCUGAAACUGCAGCAGAAAGUGCGUCAGCUUGAAGCUCGACGAAGUCGCAUUUCAGCCAAGAAAGCCUACCUCAGAAACAAGAAGGAAAUCUGUAUUGAAAGCCACAAUGACAAGAUGAAGCAGCACAAACAAAAUGAAGAGUACAGAUCCCAACGUGCAGUUCAGCUGAUGCGAGAUCAACGACAGGAAGAAGACAAAAGUAGUAAAUGGGUUAGCCAAGAGCGGCAGAAAACAUUGGAUAGAUUGCGUAACUUUAAACAGAGAUAUUCUGGGCAAGUUGUACUUAAAUCCACAAGACUGCGUUUCACAAACAUCAGAAAGAAAGAUACUGGUUCAGUGGCUUGUGCUAGCAAAGAGCAAACACUUUCUCUUCCAGGAACCUUAGAAGUACAAGAAACAGCUGAGGAAACCUCAUUUACAAAGAAGGGAACAAAAUCCACUGGAGCAACAGGGUUGAGAAACGUAGCAAAAGAACAGGAAUGUGCUUCUUUGCAGACAGAAGAGGAUUCAUUGCAACCUGUUUCAAUUUCAAGCCCAUGUAGCGAAAAGUUAAGUAGUAUUGAUGUUAUACCUCCACCACCUCCACCACCUCUACCACCACCUCCACCACCAAUGCCAGUUUGUGAGGAAUCACCUGAUGCUCAGCAUCAAGUGGAGAAAUCUGCUCAGCCAGGUGACUGCAAAGAAAUAUCACAGUCUGUUAGUUCACCUACACCUCAGUUAUUUGACAGCAAGCAGCUACUAAAUGCCAGAAAAAAAUUAAAGAAAACUGCAUCAAGUGAUGAACUGAAAAAACAAAGAGUGAGUUCACCGAUGGAUGAAGUUCUAGCUUCACUGAAGCGGGGUAGCUUCCAUUUGCGAAAAGUUGACCUACGUUCUUUGCCUCCGUUUCCAGAUGAAGAUGACAGCAAUAAUAUACUUGCACAAAUUAGAAAAGGAGUGAAGUUAAAGAAGGUUCAGACAGAGGCCCUGAGAGAGGCCUCCAUAGAUUUGCAUGAUGCUGAUCCUCUAACACGCAGCAUUCAUGAAGCUUUGAGGAGAAUUAAAGAGGCAUCCCCUGAAUCAGAGGAUGAUGAGGAUGAAGGCCUACCAUACGCUGAAUGGGACAACUAACUCAUUGGCUGAGGCUAUACAGCAUUUUUAAACGUAGCCUUCUGGUUCCUCCAAUGACCUGUUCAUUUUUGGUGGUCUUGUAGAGGAGUGGGUGGUCCCUGAUUGAUAUAGAGAUGUUCCCCUUGAACCCGUGCCUAAUAUGAAGUCACCUAAUGUCUAAACUAAUGGGCAGUAUAUUACAUAAUAUUUAAAGUUUCCACAAACUGAUGGAAAGUUUUGUGGCAUUGGUCUGAUCAAAAGUUGCUUUUUUAGUGAUUACGAUUAAGUAAUUCUCACAUCCCAUAUGAUUAAUAUGGACUUUUUUCCCCAUUGCUAACUGAAGAGGAUAAAGAAAAUACCAUUGGUUUUUCAAAAAAAAAAGCUCCAGAUUUCCGACUGUGUAUUAGCGGAAGGUAUAAUUUGACCUGUCUCAAUUCUAAUUUGAUACUCAAAUUACCAAAGUUUUUUAAAUUAGAAUCCAAAAGGAUAUUUCUGUACAUCCAGCAAAAGUGGAAGAACAACAGAGUUCAAAAGCAUUGAUAAAUCACACAAAAUAUCAAUUUUGGUUAGCUACAGCUAUUCUACAAAUUAUCUAACGUAUAGUAGAAAUUAGAUUUUAUUGCAUUAAUGCAUUGCUUUGGACCCUGAGUCAACCUUCACAAAAAUAUAUUUGUAUGGGCUGCCAACUGUUUGAUCUAGAUAAUUGCAAUAAUCGGCAUUGUGAAAUUUUAAUAAUAAAAUGGGCCAACAGGGUUAGGAGGUAAUAUAAUUAACUACAAAAUAAUAGUUUUACAAUAUUUAAUAGUUAUGUAGCACAGUGAUUUUAAAGACCUAUUUUUGAACAAUCAAUUAAUUUGAUUAAUUAAGUUGUAGGUUGACUGACUUCUGUUCAAAUUAUCUAUAUGUGCAAAAAGUGAUUGCCUUAUGCAUGUCUGAAAGAUUUCAUUAAGAACUUUCAGGAUAAGGUUUAUCAUUGUAUCACACAUUUUGACUGACAAAAAUUGGAUACCCCCUUAGUAUUUUAAAAUUUAAGCUCAAUGUCAUUUAGUCUGUACAGCUUGAUUUAUUGUAUCUUCUCUCAACAUUUUCACAUUUGGCUGAAAUUGUAUUGGUUUUGGCCACUUACCUAGUUGUAUAUGGGGAAAAAUGCAUGGUUCUAAAACCAUCAGUGACAUGACUGGAGACAAAAGGCACUGUCUACAGGAAUAUUUUAAAUAGCAUCUUGUGUACCACCAGAUUUGUGUAUGAUGUAAGCUAAAAUAUCAAUUUUCUUGGUGUGUGUGUGUGUCUAUAUAUAUAUAUAUAUAUAUAUAUAUAUAUAUAUAUAUAUGUGUGUGUGUAUAUGUGUAUAUAUAUAUAUAUAGAUAUAUAGAGAUAUAUAUCUAUAUAUAUAUAUAUAUUUCAGAUAUCUAUUAAGGGGAUAUUUUCUUAUUUGGGGGCUGAACUCACAAAUUAGCGAUUUGCCUUUCGGUUUGGAAGUGUUGGGAAGGGUACAAGAAUGUGACAUGACCAGAGAGAUGAGUAUACUUAAGUAGUUAUGGCAUAAAGCUUUCAGUUUGAUCUAUGAAUUUCAUUCAGAACGUCAUCAAUACAAAAUGAAAACAAUGGAGUAGCAAAACUUCGUCACAACCCUAAUUCAAAUAGCACAGAAUUAAAUAGUUUUAGAAAAUUUCUUUAUGUAAGGAAAAGGUUUCAUUUAAAUCUAGAUUUUAUCUAAUAUUGAACUGAUAGAUUUGUAUUUAUUUUAUUUAUUACAUGUAUAUUGUAGACUUCAAGGAAGGAAAAUUGGGGUUAGUGUUGGAUAGAUGGAGUCCCCCUGCCCCACCCCAUCCCCAUAAGAUUUAGUUGCCUUUUUCCUUGGACCAAGGUUAUUUAAGUGUUUGGGAGAUUUACAUACCUAGACUGUACCUUGAUGUAACCAGUGUUGAAUAACAAGAAUUUUUGACCGUCUGACAAAUUUACUGCUUCAUGGGUGAUGUAGUAUAUACAAACUAUAUAGAUAACAAAGAGCAUAAUUCCAGGAAGAUUGAUUGGUUGUACCAGUAGAAAUGUGUUUUAGAAAAUAAUGUAUUUAUAAAUAAAUACUAUCCAUUAGAUCAAUGACCCAAAGGGAAGGAAGUUGUCAAGUAAAACCUUGCCUGGGUGUUGCUUAGUUGCUAUAAAUUCUAAUCUGAGUAUCAGAACUGUUUUGCCACAUUGUACCUUUUUAAAGCACUGGUCAAAUAUACCCUAAUCCGAAAAUGAAGAAAAUUUAACAACUUCUGAAACAAUAUGCAGAUAUGGACGUAUCAGUUUGUGUGGCUAUUGGGUUUAAUCUCUUGUAGCUUUACACAUGCUUAUGAUUUAUAUUUUUUUUGAACCAGGCAGUACCAUGGAGAAUGCGUUUUGGAUUGUUUUGUAUUUUUGAUCAACAUGUGCAUUUUUGAACCAUUUGAUUAUUUAGCUGCAUAAAACUGUCUUAUAAAAGAACAAUUAUUUAUUUUCAUAAGCAUUCUGUAUGUAUCAGAAAAAGAAAUUGCUUGUUAAUCAGGUUUUAUUUUCUUAUUCAUAACAAAGCCAGAUGAAGGUUUGUUUUUAUUGUAUUUUUAAAUAUAAGAUGCUUUUAAACUAUCCCUGGCACUGUGGCAAGAAUCCAACCUUCUAGAGGACUUGGUGGGUUUUAUUUAAACCUCUGUUGUUUACAUAAUUCCAGGGCAAUCCUCUUUAAGAAGGAAAAAAAAAGUAAAUUUACUCAUUUCUGAGAUUGUUGAUGAGUAUCUUGCAUGGGAUUACUUCCCAAAGGAUGAGUUUAUUUUAAGUCAAUAAAAUUUAGUUUGAAAAUACCCAAAUGACCACAAGUUGGCAGAUAAAGCACAAUUAUUACAAUAUUGUAUUAAAAGAAGCCACGUUAUUUUACUCAAUUUGACAAAUUGAGGCAUUGUACAAUACUUUUGCAUGUUUUUUUAAUACUAUACUCAAUUCACUAAGAGAGUUCGUGCAAUUAUCUAAGGUUAAGAGAAACAAAAUCCCUUCAAUGAAUGAAAUGUCAUCCAGAUGUGGGAUUCAGAAUAUAACAUUAGCAUACAAUGUGCAUGUGUUGCCUUUUGACAGGCUAGGUAGGGAAAGGGGAAGAAAAUUAGCCAGUUCCACAAUUACAUCUUGAUUAUCCUUGAAAUAAUUUGGAAUUAUAUAUCUAACCUCUAAAAUUCAGACUUAAUUGUAGUAACUGCAUAAUGUGACUGCAGGCAGCACAUAAUGCUGAAUUUACAAUUGCUAGGCUGCUGUUACAGAUGCUUAAGAAAUAUUUAUAAACAUUUUGAAGUUGUGCAGUGAUAUGGUUUAUUUGCAUGUUAUUUUCUGGCAGAGUGUUCAUUGGUUGCUUUAACUUAAAUUCUAACCAAAUUUAAGAGCUUUUUGCCUGUGCCCAUCAUGUCAGCUAACUUUUGUAACAUUGGCAUUUUUAGUAACAAUCAUUUCUUCGGCUACUAGUAAUACCUUGCCCUCGUGAUUGCUGAUUAUAAAAUUUGAGUUUGGGUCCUGAUAAUCCAAAAUAGUACUUGUUAAUGAAUACCAAAAAAAACCAAACUGGCACAUGUAAAAGAGCAGCAAUUUGCAAAGGGGGAAACUGCUUAAAUAAGUGAUAAAUCUGUGCAAUUAUUAUUUUCAUUGCAAGUGCCCAUCUUGUAAUAGUGAUUUCAAAUACCAUUUCCUAUGAAUAUUUCAAUUAGGUUAAAUCUGUUUCACAUCAAUUCUCUACUUUGAAACGUGAUAAAUCUCAUUCAAUUAGUCUUUAAGAGACUCAGACAUGAUCCAAGGAAAACUCUGGGAAUGGAUUUUCAGCACCCCUAGCCUAAAAUUACCUGUUGCUCACAAGCAUGCUGCACUGAUAAGUGUUAUCUCCUUUCUAAAUAAAAAUCAGUUACAUACACUGCACAUUGCUAUCUUAUAUGCUAUUUUCACAGAUGUUUUUAAAUUUGUAGCCUUUAAGUGCAAGUUAUCUUCUGGAUAAAAUUGAAUGGGCAUAAACCUUAUCAGCAUUUUGGAUCUCUAUCUUCACUGUCUUUCCUGAAACCAUAUUUCUUCAUUAAUAGACCAGAAUUACUAAACCUACCAUUUAUUCUGUUAAUUGUAUGUAGUAUUACUGAUGGAAACCUUCUGUUAUUUCAGUUAUGAUGGCCUUAAUUUUGUCAACGCUUUUUAAAAUAAAGGUUGUGCCACAUCUGAAAAUAUAAUCAGUCCAUAUCCUCCCCAGGAUGCAAACACCUGACACUUUGGACACACCAUGCAUAUGAAUGAGUAUUUGGGAGAGUGGCAGGAUGGAUGGGUUUGGAUUUGUUGGCUGCUGUGGGUUGUAGGCAUCUUCUGGCAUGUGGGAACGGUCAUUUCUGCAUGCUCUUCCACCCCCACCUCACCCCCUGAGCUGCAGCAGUUGGGAGCUGGGCUGAGCUGAGCAGGUCUGGGAGCGUUGAGAAGACUUGCUCACUGAAUCAGAGAGGCUAGCUGGCAGUCACUUUUCCCACGACUGUUUGCUCUCCUGUCACUGCUGUUUCUGUGAUCCUCUCCCACACAAGGGGUUGAAUGGACUCCUGCUUCUAUUUCUUUUGGAAUUAAUGAUAAGAAUUGAUUAUGAUUCAAUGUUUACAAAGUUUGAAGAAUAAUUCAACAACCAUUUCUGAUGGCAGUAAUACAUUAAUCUUGUGGGAACUAGUGUGAGUAAAAUAAGUUGACUGAAUCCAGGUUGUAAAGGUGCCCCACCUCCCUCAAUCUAUUGUGUUGAGCUAGAUCAGAAUUCAACAUUUUUUUUGAGGUAUAACAUUUCCAAAGAGGGCAGGGCACAGGUAACUAUUAUACAGUUUCAUUUUUAUAUUCUCAUGAAGGUACUUGCCAGAUUUCCCCUUUUAAAUAAAGAAUUGUGAACGCUUAAUAAGUGUAAUAAAUGCAAGUUUAAUGUUUGUCGUCAUGUUUACAAAGGAUUUAUAAAGAGUACCCUUGUAACUGACCUGGUACCUCUGAGUGACAGAGUCCCAACCACAUCAUAGAUUGCGUCAUAAAUAGGAUGUAUUUAUUGUAUCUUAUAAUUUAUAUCACAUUUGUUAGUAUAUUCUAGAUCAGUUUGGUUGAAGAGCACUGCUGGAGGAGUGUGCUGGUAAAUGAGAUUUGUUUAGUGUGUUCUGGGCUUUUUGCUUUAAAAUGAAUUUAGAAUGAGUAAUGCUUCCUGUAUGCAUUUUCUAAUGGCAGAACAAAUGAGAGUUAUGAUGUUUCUCCAUUGCAAUGAAAGUCUCAGUUAUGAAAAUCCAGGCAUUGUGGCUUUGAAAAUGUAGUUAAAAGGUGGUCUUGAAGUGUUGUAUAUUUUUGACUUGCUAGAAGAAGUGGCAAAAGACAAAUUUAGGAUUGGCAUCAGGAAAUUGUUUAAACAAAGUUUGAUAAACAUGAAAUGAUCUUUAGGAUAGUUCAAUGAAUUCAGAAAUUAUGGACCCAUUUAUGGAAAUGUUGGAUGUGAUGGUGAAAGCUGUGUUCUUUAUGAAUUUAAUGAAAUUGGAUGAAGAAGAUGCUUUAUAAUUAUCUAAAGUGAUGAAGUAUCACAUUAGUAUGGAGUACUAAUGAACCUUAAAUAGUACUAAGAUAAUAGAAAAAAAAUAUCCUCUUGAGUCACGAUGCAUUUAAAUGUUCAGCACAAAAAUCUGUAUGUAGGUCUCUCUCUCUGUCAAAAAGGUGAAUGAGUUACUGUAGUUACACCUGCAUGGGAAUUAUUUGCAUCCUGAAACAUUCAUGUUGUAAACAUGGUUGGUUUUAACCUAAUCAUUUGCUUACCUGGUGAUCAUCAGUAUUCUGACAACAAUAUUUCAGUAACCAGGACACUGCCUUACUCAGCAGGUACUAUGAAUUAUUAACUGUAGUGCUAUUUAGAAUCUUGUAAUACUGAGAUAAUGUGAUCUGACUUGAAUUAUCAAGUUCACACCUGCAUUUUUUUGUGGAUUACAUACGAGGAGCACAGGCCAGAUCAGCUCUCCAAGACCAGGUUGUCAUAUUGUCUCUAAGGCAGCAGAUUAGACAAAAGUUUAGGAAAUAUUCCACUUUGAUGCUACUUAGUACUUAUGAGAACAAAUAACCUAGAUGAAUUGCUCUUAUUUUAGUGUUCAUCUAUUUGGACUUUUAAUUGUACAUCUAUAAGAUGUGUUGCUUAACUUGAAAAGUACUGAGUCCACAGAGUAUUUCAUUGGGGACAGAAGGAAAGGAAAUGUAAGCUCAGUUACAUGUUUGAAAUCGCACUAAACGUGGUGUUAAAUUUGACACUGGUUUUAAUUUUGUUCUGACAUUUGGCAUUCUGUAUUUAUCAUCACUUUUACCAGAGAGCAAACAAAAGAAUUUAAGAACUGUUUGUGGUAUUUAAGCUUGUGGCAGAAACUACUUGUCUAAUAAUUCAAGCUUAAAGACAUUGAUUAGUGUCCUGAUACAGUGAAAAUAUCGUUAGGAAAUGAUAAAGCCAUGGAGUACAUUAAUGGGGUUUUGGACAAGACUACAUGGAUGCAAACAGUGAAAUAAUGCACUACAUUACAUUCAGUUGUAGAACUAAAUCACUGGAAAAAUGUUUUUUGAUCAUGAGUUUUCUUUUCCUCCUGAAAGUCAGUGUAAUUUAUUUCUGCUGUACAAACUGACAUUUAUUUAAGUAAUUUAAGCAAAACAGUCUUGUAAUGUGGAAAGUUGAGACCAGAGUGAGAGGUGAUUGUAGUUGGCAAUCAAAUGAAUCCAUUCAAAACAGAGGCUCGUACAGAGAUCUUGAGCUUUUGACAGUCAAAAUGUUUCCUCUAGACACUAAUAAUUUAGUGUUGGAAAUGUUUUGGUGAUUUAUUUUUUAAAAAAUAAAUUUUAAUCGUUUUAGAAGCAAAAUAGUGAAAAGAUUUAUAUCAAUGUGAGUUUAACAGAAAUAUUUUGCAUCAAGAUAAGAGUUAUUUUUGCAGCAUUGAGGCUAAUUUUGCAUUUGCCUGAAAUUGAUCUUGAGAGAACUGUAGUUUGAGCUGAUAUGCUUCAUAAUUUAAACUCUAUACAGAGUCUACAACAUUUAAGUUUGGAAGAAAGGCUGAUGCCCAUUUUUGUUAUAAUGGAUAAUAUGUAUUAUACUAAGAAAACUGCAGUAGAUGUGUAUGAGAUAGGUUGGUGAGUUGUCUGUUUUAAUCUUCUCAUUCUCCCAGGCAGAUGGUUUGGUGUUCAAAAUGAAGAACUAGUUGUAUUGCUAAAAUAAAAUGCAACUAGAAAUUUUGAUUUUUCUCUUUCACAUAAUCAUAGUAUUUUAAGUCUCUAUUCCAAAAGCAGCAUCUAUGUAAAUAUAAUUUUGUUUCUUUUAAAUUGCAUGCUUAAUGUUACUGAAUGGUUUGGUAUUCUCCAUAAUUUACACCAAUUUUAAGAGCCGAUGAGACUUUUAACAGCUGUAUAGUUAAGAUUAGCAGUUAUGAGGAGUCCCAUGUAUUGAGCUAGCAUGGAAGGGAUAAUUCACUGACCAUGUCCUGUACUGCCACAAGGGAAGUAAGCUGGGAGUGCAAGUCAUAAAUUGAGCAUAAUUUUGGAGCUCUUUCUCUGAUCUAUGUUUCUAGUGAGAAAUCAGUUUACUGCGAUUGCAUGAUCAUAGCAUUACCUCUAAUGAAAAAUUAUUCUUUUGGCAUUUCCUGCAGUCAUCACUGGCUUAAACCAGUCAAGAGCUCUCUAGUCCAUAUCAUGCUCUGUAGAGUUUGUUGAGUCACAAAGUGUCUUCCCUUAACUGGCAGUUAAAAUAAUUCUUAAAUAAAUGACCUAAACUUGUAUAUCCAAAUCACAGUAAUGCAAUAAUUCUACUGAAAUUGUGACAUUUAUUUUAGAACACUGUACUUUAGACAUUUUAUGUUUGCUUUUAAAGGUAGAUGGAGUAGAAAACUUGGUGUGCUUUCUUUUUCCCCUUGGUGUGCUGUUUUGUUUUUGGUCUAUUCACAGAGCAUAUACUGUGUUUAUGUUGUCUCAUCCCAAAAUUAAGCUGCAAAUCAGCUCCAUGGUUUAACAUAGUUUUAUUUUGCACUUACUAUAUAUACUGUAUGGCCAAGAAAAGUCCUACUGCAUGGUGUGGUUCUACACCAGGCUUGUAAUACCUAGGUUAUGGCAUUUACAGAUCCAGCCACUCAGAAGCUGCAGUGCUGCAGUUUUCUGAAGGAAAUGGGUGAAGGAAAAGACUGACAAGAGACUGACCUUGUGCAAUAUUUGAAUUCACUCGAAGAAACACACUAGCACAAUGUUUUAACUUUAUGGCAUUUAACAUAUUUAAAAAAAAAUCAAAUUGUAUUCUAAACUGUUAUAAUUAAACCCAUAGUGCAUAAAAGUUUUUAAUAAUCAAAUAUUUAUUGAGCAACAAAUAUAAAAUCUUGAAACUUAAGGAAUCACACAGCAAUAUUAUGAAAUGUAAAAUACUUGCUCUAGUUGUCAUUUACUUUUAUCUAUUCUAUAAGACCUUGACUUCUGUAUUUUAAUCUUGGUAUGUUCUGUUUUAUUAUUUUUACUGAUAUGUUUAAGGCUAAAGUCCUCACAUACUGUAAUCACCCUUUUAACAUUGCAUUCACUGUUUUGGUGCUGAAAUCUUAUUUCAUUCAAUAAAGUAUGAUAUUUAAUUUAUUUUAUGCUUUUUGGAGUACAUCUAUACAAUUCUUUCCCCACAAUGGCCAUGAGUUGUGCUUGCUGAUUCAAAGAUGUUGAUAAGGCCCCUGCCAGAAUUUGAUGGUCAUGAAUGGAGUUCUCAGCAUAUGAAGCAGUGAAAUCCUCUUAAUGAGAUUAAUUAGAAAUGGACUAAAAAGACUUGCCGUCAUGGUGGCAGUGGCUCCCUGGAGCCACUUUAUUGCCUAGAAGGCAAUUUUUGUCCUUGUUUUCAAAGAAAGAGCCCCAGGCCAAUUAAAGACAAUCAAAGGCUAAUUCCAAAAGAUAAAUGAUAUUACAGUAGAUUGCUCAACAUCUCCCUUAAUGUCCCUCCACAUUGUGCCCAAUCCCUUGAACAUUCAAAUCAACUCCACUCUAAAAACUGCCAAAUUGUUGAUCAUGAUAACUGACCUACUUUAAUUCAUAUGCAUGACUCCCAAAUUCUAAUGUAACAAAUUCAAAUAAUUUAUCCAGAUGGCCAGAAUCAUUGAAAUCUCCCCAAAGUCUCAGCUUUUCAAGAAUUGGGGUCUUCAGAGUUAGUGUAGCUAAGAAUUUCAAAAUAAAACACAGGAAAUAAAAUAGGACAUUUGGCCCUUCUAUCUUGUUCUGCUAGUCAGGGGUAAUCUUCAAUCUCAUUUCUGCAUUAUUCCCAAUGUUUUUGUUUAAUAUGCAGAUAUCUCUCGAUCUGUUUUGUGUGAAGCUAAUGACUUAGCAUCCAUUGCACUCCAGAAUAGAAUUCCAAAGAGUCACGAUCUUCUGUGGAAAGAAAUUUCUCCUUUAUUCUACCCAAGCCCUGUCCUUCAUUCUGAGAUUGGUACUCUCUCUCCCUCUUGUAGUGAGGGUGAACAAAAGGGAGGUGGCACAAGAGUGAGCACACAUGCCAGAGCAAAAGUGAAAGAGGAGGAAAAAUGGUGGAAGUGAGAGGAAGCAAGAAAAUGGUAAGAUAGGUGGUGAGAGAUUGGUCUGUGAGCAGGAAAAACAGCUCAUCAUUGGAGAGAGGAGAAACCUGUGUGACAGAGUUGGAGUAAGAGAGAUGAUGUGAGACAAGAAAUGGGGCAAGCAAGAUGGAUGGCAUGUUUGAGAGCAAGAAACAUGGCACAAGACAUCAAGUGAGAGGAGCAAUAAUGCAAGAGCGCAAGAAAAAUGGUGAGCCUUGACAAUGAGUGAGCGAAGAGAUGAAAUGGCAAGAGUGUGGUUGUGAAAGAUAAAAAGGUAAGAAAUAGUGAAAGCAAGGGAGUUACCAAGGCAGGGUGUGAGAGCACCAGCAUCAGUGGGGGAGGAGGUGAGGGUGAGAGAGAGGGAGAGAGAGAUGGUACAAGUGAGAACAACCAAUGGAGGUAGCACAAGGGGGGGGGAGAGAUGGAGCAAACUGUGGAGUCCACUUUGUUGUUAACCUGUACUGGAAAGCAGGUAUAUCUGUGGGCAGCCACAUAAUCAAGUGCUCUUGGUGUGCAGGUACUUCGGUGAUUAAGGUGUCAUAUGGGUUCCAUCGUGGAACUUGUGGAGUUUGUAAAUUGCUCUCUAUAGUCUCUCUACAUUCUACUGUAGGUUUCAGAAGUCUUUACUCCUCAUUCUACUCCGUGACUUGCUGAACUGAACUUUGAGAACUGGCCCUAGACUUGGGGGUUUGGGACACCACUCACACUCUGUUUUGGGGUCAAUGUUUAAUAUCUAAUGUUUUUAUUUUUCUUAUUACAAACAGUUAUUAAUAAAUAGAUUCUGACAUUUAAACAUGGCUCAUUGUGUUUCUAUUAUUGCUGGUACAUAACAUUAGUAAUAACUGUUAAACUUCUGGAUUGGUUAAACACUUUAUCUGGUUCAUUAAUAUUCUUCAGGAAAAUAUGUGCCAUCACUACUCAGUCCAAUGAUUCUUUACUGCCCUUUGAAAUGGUCUAACAGCCAGCAAAUUUGCACAAUAAUUAGGGAUUGGCAAUUAAUGCCAUCUUAAUUAGAGACAUCCACAACCUUUGAACAAAAGGAAACAAACCAGCUCUAAUGUUGCCCUAAUUGUGCUGUUGCUUUACAAUUUGUGGAUUGUGAUUGUUUGCCAAAUAAAACA